AUGUUUAAAAAGAACAAGAGCAAUGCAGAAGGAAGUAGCAGCCGUAGCUCAAACCCUUUCAAUCGUACAGAAUAUGUAGAGGAAAUAGACAUGAAUGAUAUCAAAAUGGACACUCUUCGAUCACGCAUAUCUAGUCCUGAUAUGAAAAGGGGAGCCCCAAGUUUCCAUGAAGACGUAGGCUCAAUAUAUAGUCGAUCUGGUCCAAGCGGGUCAAUUGGCGAUGUGAUAGAUGAUAGACCAAAACUGCAAAGAGGUUUAAAAGCUAGACAUUUAACAAUGAUUUCACUGGGUGGUACCAUCGGCACAGGUUUGUUUUUGGCCUCAGGUGCUUCCGUAGCUAAUGCUGGCCCCGGUGGUGCGCUAAUUGCUUAUGCUUUAAUCGGUAUCAUGGUAUUCUUUAUGAUGGAGUCUUUGGGUGAAAUGGCAACAUAUCUCCCGAUCUCGGGCAGUUUUAAUAAUUACGCUGGCAGAUUUGUUGAUCCUGCUCUUGGAUUUGCCUUGGGAUGGAAUUAUUGGUAUAAUUGGGCUAUUACUGUUGCUGUAGAAUUGACAGCAGGCUCCAUGGUUAUGCAAUUUUGGCUUCCUUACGUUCCAAAUUAUGUCUGGUCAAUUGUCUUCCUUGUCAUCAUCCUUGGUUUGAACAUGUUCUCCGUUAAAGGCUAUGGUGAAGCAGAAUAUUGGUUUGCAUUAAUCAAGGUUUUAACGGUUAUUGUCUUCAUUCUCCUUGGCAUUCUCGUUGAUACCGGUGUCUUGGGCGGUGUAUACUAUGGUACUCAUGUUUUUAAUUCUGGCGGCGUACAAGGUUUGGGCGUACUUACAACCUUCUUGACUGCUGGUUUCUCAUUCCAAGGUACAGAAUUGAUUGGUGUUGCCGCUGGUGAAAGUGAAAAUCCACGUAAGAACGUACCUGCCGCUAUCAAGCAAGUAUUUUGGCGUAUUGUCUUGUUCUACAUUCUCUCUAUUCUCAUCAUCGGUUUGAUUAUUCCAUACGAUGAUCCCAAUCUUUUGAAGAGUGAUGUUAGUGAUAUUUCCAUUUCUCCCUUCACUCUCGUUUUCAUUAAGGCUGGUAUCUCUCCUGCUGCUCAUAUCAUGAAUGCUGUUAUUUUGACCACUGUUCUCUCUGCUGGUAAUUCUGGCUUGUACGCUUCCAGCCGCACGUUACUGGAUUUGGCGCAAGAAGGCAAAGCACCCAGAUUUUUUAGUAAAAUCACUAAAAAUGGUAUUCCCAUUUAUUGUGUGCUUUUAACCGCUGCUAUUGGUAUGCUUGCCUUUUUGACUUCUCUCUUUGGUAAUGGCGUCGUCUAUAAUUGGCUUAUGAAUAUUUCCGGUAUUUGCGGUUUUAUUGCCUGGCUUGGUAUUGCUGCCUCACAUUUCCGAUUCCGUCGUGCUUACAAACUUCAAGGCUACAAAGAGGAAGAUCUUCCUUUCAAAGCAAGACUGUUCCCUGUUGGUCCUAUUUUUGCUUUCGUCGUUUGUUGCUUUGUCAUUGUUGGCCAAGGUUAUGAUGCUUGGACAGCUGUACCUGUUAAAGCCUCAGAUAUUAUUGCCUGCUAUAUCGGUGUUCCUGUAUUCGUCGUCAUUUACUUGGGAUAUAAGCUUAUCAAGAAACCCAAACUCAUUCCUUUAGAGGAAGUUGAUUUAGUCUCGGGUCGUGCGGAAUUUGAGUAA